CUCCCUGCUUAAACAUAAACAUAAACCUUAAACACUCCGCCUCACUGCUUCUAGGGCAAAUCCCCGCUUCACUGGCGUCGUCGGCACUCAAUCCAAGCGGCCAUCGUCGUCGACGACGGCAAUAAGCGGCCAUCGUCGACACUCAGACUCCUCUCCAUCUCCAGGGCCAAACACAUUGGUGGUUGUACAGAUGGAACAUUGUAUGUGGAUGUACGAUAGGAAUCUUCCUAAUCGGCGGGGUUUAAGAGAUGAAUUUGUACAAGGUGUUGAUGAGUUUAUUAAUUAGUCAUUUAGCCAAAAUAAGGGGAUGAUUAGUUGCCCUUGUGCGGAAAUGCAAGUGUAGAAAAUAGUUGAAACUAGAGGAUGUUAAGAUUGAUCUAUAUAGUAAGGGCUUUAUGGAUAAUUACUAUGUGUGGACUAGUCAUGGAGAGACUGAGGGUAGUGAUGGUAAUAUUUAUAACCAUAAUUUUGAUAUUGGUGAAAGUAGUCAAGAUCCUAGAUUAUAUGAAAUGGUUAUGAAUGCUUUGGGAAUGUAUAAUGAGGGUGAGAACCAACAAUAUGUUGAUCAAGCUCCCAAUGAAGAGGCAAAUCAUUUUUAUGCACGGUUAGAGUCUGCUAGUCGUCCACUUUCCGACGGCAUGUCGCACUCUAAGUUGUCUGUAGCGACUAGACUACUAAGUAUUAAAUCAGAUGCCAGUGUUUCUCAAACGGGCAUGGACUCUAUGAUUGAGCUUAUGAAAGAACUUAAUCCGAACCUAGACAUACCAGAUGAUUACUAUAAGGCAAAGAGAUUGGCUUCCAAGUUAGGACUUUCUUUAGAGAGAAUUGAUUGUUGUGAAAAGAGUUGCAUGUUGUACUAUAAGGAUGAUGCAAUUUUAGAGAAUUGUAAAUUUCGUGGAAUGUCUCGCUUUAAACAGCUUGCCAGCGGGAAUAAGGUUACGGUUAAGUCUAUGCAUUAUUUACCUCUUAUACCAAGGCUAAAAAGGUUGUAUGCAUCUAUGAGUUCCGCUCCACACAUGAGAUGGCACUUUGAAAAUAAAAGGCCACCUGUUGUUCUAUGUCAUCCAUCUGAUGGAGAGGCGUGGAAGCAUUUUGAUAGAGUGUUUCCGAAUUUUGCUAAUGAACCAAGGAACAUUCGGUUGGGUUUGUGUGCUGAUAGAUUCACACCAUUUUCUAUCUCAGCUACUCCAUAUUCAUGUUGGCCCGUCUUUGUCACACUGUAUAAUCUUCCGCCUGAGAUGUGUAUGACAAGUCCAUAUUUGUUCCUAACUUGCAUUAUUCCUGGUACCCGGAAUCCAAAGAGCUUGAUUGAUAUAUAUUUGCAGCCUUUGAUUCAUGAAUUACAAAUUUUAUGGCAUGAAGGUGUUGCAACAUAUGACAUAUCAACUAAACAAAACUUCAACUUACGUGCUGCUUUGAUGUGGACUAUAAAUGAUUUUCCCGCAUAUGGAAUAUUGUCAGGAUGGAUGACUGCAGGAAAGUUAGCUUGUCCUUAUUGUAUGAAAAAUACUAAAGCGUUUACUUUAAAACAUGGGGGUAAGAAUUCAUGGUUUGAUUGUCACCGUCAGUUCUUACCAGUUGAUCAUGAGUUUAGGGGUAUGCGGAAUGCAUUCGGUAUAAACAAGCAGUAG